GAGUGCAGGUCAGGGGUGUCAUCAUCCGGCUGGAUCGCCCAGGUGGUGGCAGGGUGGCAUGCAGGUCCGAGACGAGCGUCGAAUGGCGCCGAAGGUAUUCGAGGCUGAGCAUUCAUCGCUCGCAUCUGACAAGACGCCAUGACGGCCAUCAACUGGGUGUGUAAGCCGUUCGCCAAGCUGUCGGCAACAACGCUCUACGACAUCCUUCACGUCCGCUGCGCUGUCUUCGUCGUCGAGCAGCGAUGCGCCUACUUGGACGCGGACAACAUCGACAAGACACCGACGUGUCUGCAUCUCGUCGGCACUGGCGCCGACAACCACGCGAUUGCAGCGUAUGCGCGCUUGCUCGGGCCGGGCACAAAAGGCCCGACGCAGAAGCACACGAUCAUUAGCCGCGUCGUGACGUCGCCCGCAUAUCGCGGGUCGGGCGUCGGCAAAACACUCAUGACCAAAGCCAUCGAAGCCUGCGACCACACGUGGCCCAACACACCGAUUCUCCUCAACGCCCAAGCCCGCUUGGCGCCGUUCUAUUCGUCACUCGGCUUUGUGCAGACAUCCGAGCUCUACACGGAAGACGGGAUUGAGGCCGUCGACAUGCUCCGCGACUCGCCUGCCAAGCAAGGAUGAGCGUCCUGAGGCUACAAGGCUAGCACGUAGGUGGAGCUGAGUUCACCAUAACAAUGUAACAACACAAAAAGGAAGUAUUUUCCAGGCUUUAUUCUCGAG